AUGGAUUAUACCGGUUUAGAUAGCAGUUCUGUAAAAAUACAUGUCCAUUUAAAUGAGAUAUUGAAUUCCGAUAAGGAAGUCAACGCCACUUUGAUAGAGAACUACAUUUUGCAAUUACGGAAUAACCGUUCGAUUAUUUUUCCCGAUGAACAGUCAGACGGAGGUAUUGAGCUGAAUAAAUUCAUAUACUUAUUCGUUCCAACGAUUAAUAACUUGUUGAAUGGAGAGCAUUAUCAUGAGAUAGACCCUGAACGGGCGGUGAUAGGUUUGUUAGACGCAAUACUAGCAUAUUUGAAUAUUGAGGAGAUCUUGCAGUUAUAUCCGGUAGAUUUUAUAAUAAAUGGAUUGAUGGCAGAUUCAGCUAUCUGCUGUAUGAUUAUAAGAAUAUUACGGAAUAAUGCCAAGUCUGAAACUACAAACAAGUUAUUCAAUGAAACUACGAUAUUUGAUUCAAUUUUAUCCAGAUAUUUUGAAAAAGAUACCAUAUUAAGCGUAGUGAAUCAAGUCGAAUUGCUAAUCUCUGAAUUAGUAAGUAUUUCAAGUACGGUUGUAUCUACGAAAUUGUUGAGUGGCGAAUUUAAAGCAUUAUAUGAUCAAGCAAGAAACAAUAAAGAUCAAUUGGUGAAGUUUUUGGAUUAUAUUCUCUUACUUGUGCCUUAUGUUUUAGAAGAAAGCUAUGAUUUACCAAAGAAUUAUUAUAUUUUAUCAUAUCUGGAGUUUUCGGACAACGAUGAUGUUUUGCAAGUAGUUUUGCUAAUUCAAUUCUACAGUAAAUUAAUUCAAAGAAUAAAUACCUUUGGUGAAGAUACUAAACUUUUCCCUAAUAUUAAGCCAUGUUUGAAGGAUUUAAUAUUAUUUUUCAAAACAAGACAAAAUGAUGAUAUUGUCCAAUCUUUUUAUUCAAAUGAUAUUGUUGACGUCUUAUUUCAUCUAUCAUAUUCCAAAGUUCCCCAGGUUAUUGUUUUUAAUAAAGAAGUCGUUUGCCAAUAUGAAUUAUUUAAAUCUUAUAAUCUAUUCUUGCAUUUAGACUGUGACAUUAAAUUGUUGAGCACUUUUAAUCCACGAGCCUUACCACUUGAAAUAGUUGAAGAUAUUGUUGAUGAAAUAUCUGUAUUCAAUCAAAGAUAUUUUAGUAUCCUAUUGAACUGUAUUGGUUCAGAACAAGUCUUUAAUAAACUAACGCCAAGGUUGAAUACUGCCGCAGUAAGCAAAUUAUCAUUUGAUAUGUUAUACAGUUUGUUAUUACGCAUGUCUAAAUUCGAAUACUCCAGAGAGUAUUUAAUAAGCGGGUUGCCUAGUAUAGUUUCAGACUACUUAGCUAAUCCUCCAAAUGUCUCCGAAUCUGAGAUUUGGAAUUUGAAAAAAGAUACCUUACAGAAUUUACUCUUUAGUGAUACUGACUUAAACGUUUGGCAUGAUCCAAUUUCUAAAAAUUUCAGCCUCAUGUGUAAUGGAAGAAAGGUUCAAGAUAUAUUACCACAAGUUGACAUAGCUGAUAGAUCGUUACAGUAA